AUGCCCUCCAGAUCAGACAUCACCUAUUUUGGUGCAGGCCCUGCGCUUUUGCCCACCGACGUCCUCGAGGAUGCUGCCAAGGCUCUCCUCAACUACAAUGACACUGGCUUGGGCGUCGCCGAGCACAGUCACCGCUCGCAGCUGGCGACUGACAUCAUCAACCAGGCCAAAGCUGACCUGGCCUCCUGCCUUGAUAUCCCAGACGACUAUGAGAUCCUCUUCAUGCAGGGCGGUGGCUCGGGCGAGUUCUCGGCCACGGCGUACAACUUUGCCGGCGCCUGGGUUGCCCGCAAGCACAAGGCCAUGGUGGACGCCGCUGGAGGCGAUGCCGCCGACCCCAAGUUGAUCCAGCAGCUCAAGGACACCGUGGACAAGCAUCUCAAGAUGGACUACCUCGUGACGGGCGGCUGGUCGCAAAAAGCGGCAGCCGAGGCCGUGCGGCUGUUUGGCGCGGAGCACGUGAAUAUCGCCGCGGACAGCCGCGAGUCCAACGGCGGCAAGUUUGGGACCAUUCCCGACGAGAGCACCUGGAAGCUGUCCGAGGACGCGGCCAUGGUGUACUACUGUGCAAACGAGACGGUCGACGGCGUCGAGUUCCCCGAGUUCCCCAAGUCUCUGGCGCCGGGGCCCGACGGCAAGGGCCCGAUUGUUGUCGCGGACAUGAGUUCCAACAUUCUUACCAAGAAGAUUCCGGUCGGCAACUUCUCGGCCAUCUUCUUUGGCGCACAGAAGAACCUCGGCGUCACGGGUGUCACUGUUGUGAUUCUCAAGAAGAGCUUCCUGCCGCCUGUUACGCCUCAGCCUUCUGCGGCCCUGAUGAGACAGCUGGGUCUGCCUAUUCCGCCCAUCGUCUUUCAGUAUGAGACUAUUGCCAAGAAUAACAGCCUUUACAAUACGCUUAGCAUCUUUGACGUGUACGUGGCAGGCCGGGUUCUCAAGAAGCUGUUGCAGACGUACCCGGAUAAAGUGCAAGGCCAGCAGGCUGUUUCUGAAAAGAAGGCUCAGCUCAUUUACAAUGCUCUAGAGGCUUUUCCCGACAUUUACAAGGUUAUCCCCAACAAGGCAGUGCGGUCUCGUGUCAAUAUCUGCUUCAGGGUUACCAAGGGCGACAAUGUUGAUGCCGCCGAGAAGGCCUUUUUGGAGCAGGGCGUUGCCCAGGGGCUGACGGGGCUCAAGGGGCAUCGUAGUCUGGGUGGAAUUCGCGCAAGUAACUACAACUCGGUUCCGCUUGAGGGCGCAGAGAAGCUUGCCAAAUUCAUCACCGCCUUUGCAACGUCAUAA